UAUUUUUUUCUCUAGUUGUUUUAGGUGUAAGAUUAGAUUGUUUAUUUGAGAUUUUUCUUAUUCCUUGAGUUAAGAUUAUUUUGCUAUAAAAUUCACUGUUAGGAAUUGCUUUUGCCCUUUCUUAAUGCCAUCUUUGUGGUAGUGGCAGUGGUGUCUGCAAUCUAGUCACCAACAUGCAGCUUUUUGUCCGUGCCCAGGAGCUACACAUUCUUGAGGUAACUGGUCAGGAGACACUUGCCCAGAUCAAGGCUUCUGUAGCCUCGUUGGAGGGCAUUGCUCCAGAAGAUCAAGUCCUGCUCGUGGCAGGGACGCCCUUAGAAGAUGAGGCUACCCUUGGGCAGUGUGGGGUAGAAGCUCUGAGCAUUCUAGAAGUAGCUGACCGCAUGCUUGGAGGUAAAGUCCAUGGUUCCCUGGCCUGUGUUGAGAAAGUAAGAGGUCAGACUUUCAAGGUGGCCAAACAAGAGAAAAAGAAGAUGACAGGCCAGCCCAAGAGGUGUAUGCAGUACUACCGGCUCUUUGUCAAUGUUGUACCCACCUUUGGCAAGAAGAAGGGCCCUAAUGCCAACUCUUUAAGUCCUCUGUAAACUUGGUUUUCUCUAACAAAGCCACU